AUGGCCUGGAAUCUCUACCGCAUCCUUAACUAUACGGCCUUUAUCUUCUUCUCCGUGGUUCUCUUCUGCCUGAUCAUCUUGACCCCCGUGGACGCGAUCUACCAAUGCUACAAAACGCACCGGCUCACAAAUAUCUUCUUCAUCACCGGCGCAUACGUGGCGACAUUUAUCCUCGCCGCCCUCAUCUACGCGACCCGGAUCUACACGAAUCGCACCGUCCUCUCCGCGAUCCCCAAGGCAUGGAUCCCCGUCGAGAAGGAAGACGUCGGCAAGAGUGUGCGGCGCCUGGUGAUGGAAGGGCUGGCACGCAGCGCAAUCAUCGCCUACCAGGCGCGCCCGCGCAAUCUGGCAAUUGAGGGAGACAAAUUCGCCGACUACCGGAUGCUCCUGGUGGAUCGCGACCGGCCGCCUUGGGGUCGGGUUGAGCAUCCCGGCUGGUCGUCCCCUGCGUCGCCGGAUCUGCCAAAUCUGCCGUAUCGCACCGUUGUGCGGGAGCUGCCACAUCUCAUCGAGGCGAAGGCCGUUUCGCUGGCGCCGCCGGAUCCUUUUGUGGCGGCUCAUCGUCCCUUCGGUACCUCUUUCUCCGAAACUGAUCGCUCUGUGCCGGAUACGCGGGUGGUGGAGGUGCUACGGAGGCCGGCAUCGAUGGGGCUGCGGGAGUACAUGCAGCAUCUCACGGCGUUGAAUCUGGUCAAUCCUCCAGAGGUUGGUGCGGACUUUGUCGCGCGUUACGAGCGCACUCGGUUCUCGUCACGCACACUCCAUGACAACGAGUUCAGAGAGCUCAUGCAUGUCUUUGCAGAUGUGCUGAGGGGGAUGACGGAUCUGGAUCAGAGGAUGGUAGAUGAGAUCAGAGGAGGAAGCUCUCGCGGUGAUAGCGAGUCCCUAAUUGGCCCAUCGGAUGAAGAAGGGGAGACAGAUACAUUGGAGUUUUUCGAUGACAGCGAGUCAUUGUCCCGGCGACGGAGCAAUAUCUCGCAUCCUUCAGAUGCUUUGUCGGCCUGGGAGCGCCGCUCAACACAUACUGCACCGGCUACGCCGAGCCGGGGAUCGCCUACUGCAGCUCGACAUGGCGCCCUGUAUCGUACAUUGGCGACUCCUCGCACACCCUCGACGCGAUCGCUCAGAAGAGUACAAUCCAACGUCUCUGGCAGCUCUGGUGGCAGUGUCAUUCACCUGGCUUUCUUCCGUCGCGGUACCUCGCUAUUCGGCUCGACGCCGUCCGAGUCGCCUAAGGAAAGCGGGGAGAUCGAGGACUUCCGCAAGGCUCCCACACACGACGCGCUCUUCCCUAAAGUCGACCCCGCCGUGGACGGGGAGGAGUGUCUCCAUGACUGCGCCUCGUGCACCGUGAAGUAUCCGGCCAAGUUCGACGUGGAUUUCGAGGACGAGCUGUACGGGCACGUGAAUGGCUGGGCUACGCAUCUGCUCGUGGCCACGGGCAAGACGGACUGGGUGAGGGACGUUGCGGACGAGCCGGGCAGCGUGAUGGAAGCGAUUGAGAAGGGCGGACUGGUGCCCAGCAAUGGGAACCUGAAGCUGUCCGCAUCCAACAUGCCCGUCCCGGACGAUUACCAUUACCACGAGGCUGGCAAACAGCCCACCAACGUCCUCAUCCUGCCCGGCUUCACUGUGGUCGAGCAGGUGACGCCGGCUCUCGCACCGGACCUGAUCAAGCACUUUGUCAACCGCUCCGCGACAACCACCACGCCGCUGGGCAGCAUUUCGGAGCCAGUAACACACACAGAUGAUGCCAGAGACACGACGGAGCAGCAGCAGCAGCAGCAGUCGCCGCAGGCCGACCUACAAUUAUCCACGCCGCUGCGGUCGCGGCCCUGUGGCCACGCGGCCGUGAUCCUCCUCUGCUCGCAGCGCACGCGGGACGCGCGGUGCGGCCAGUCCGCGCCGCUGCUGCGCCGCGAGUUCGAGCGCCAUUUGCGCCCGCUGGGCAUGUACCGGGACCUGAACGACGAGCGGCCGGGCGGGGUGGGCAUCUACUUCAUCAGCCACGUCGGGGGCCACAAGUACGCGGCGAACGUGAUCGUGUACCGGCGCCGGGACUUUGAGUGGUACCGGAAAGAGAAGACGGGGGAAGGAGAGGCCGGGGAGGUCGACGAGGGUGCGGCGCAGGGGAUCUGGCUUGCGCGGGUGCGGCCGGAGGACUGUGAGAAUAUCGUCCGAUAUACCGUGCUGCAGGGCAAGGUGGUUAAGCCUGGGCUGCAGCUGCGAGGAGGGUUUGAUCGGGAACGGGGGAUGAUUAGCUGGUGA